AUGCGUCGAGCAUUAACGUGGUCAUCCGAGGUGGAAAAUGCCUACCGAUAUCAGAUUGCCGGCUAUCGAGAUGAAAUGGAAUACUAUUCAGUUCAUUCGGAGCAAGUGGAGAAAUGGAAAACAUCGGGUUUUAUCAAAAAAUUACGUCGCAAAGAUGGAUACUAUUAUUAUUUUGAUCAGGGUAGAGAAUGCUCCGAGAAAGAUGUGAAGCGAUGCAAACUGUACACCUACGAUUGA